AUGGUCAGCUCCCAGCACUUGGUUCGGCAAGCCCUCCUGCAUUCGAGGCCUAAAGUGUGGCCAGUGGAGUUGCCCAAGCUUUCGCAGUCUGCAAUUGACAAGUACUUGGACGAGGAAGCAGUGUUCUUGAAGUCAACGGCCGGAAAGAAGUAUGAUCCCGAGCGAGCACAUGACCACAUACGUUCGAGCUUCCAGGCAUACCUAGAAGGCACUGUCCACAUGGAAUCCAACGUCGACUAUCAAGAGCUUCUGGCUGGUGCGCGAGCAAAUCUCGAAGAGUCCAACACAGCGUCGAAUACGUACGGUGCACCGGACAAAGACACUUUUUGUCUGGACCCCAUCUACCGCGAGCUGUCAAGCAUGCCAUUUGGGCCAAAUGAGACCCGACUACCCGACGAGACGGUGUUAUUUGUCAUUGCUGCGUUGGCAUCCGUGUUGCAGGUGCAUUGGUGGUCGUAUUGCGCUUCGUGCUUCAAACAAAGCCGCAACAAAACAGCUGCACAAAUGUGCCGAUAUUUGUUCCCUCGGGCCCGAGUUGAAGUUGGUCGCAUUGGCACCUCUGCAAUCUUGCUCGUGAGGAAGCUCGGCGAAGAGUACAUCAAUGGAUACAGCGAUGUCAUCCUUCGUGCUUUCAAGUGCAAUCACGAUAUCCACGCCCAAGUUGCAAUGGUACUUUUCAAACCAUUUCGUGUGUUGUCGGAUUUGCGCCCACACGGCUCAACAUGGCAUGAAGCGUGGGAAUCCUUUCAACCCACGAUGAGCACUGGUUCUGCGGAAGUGUACCAUUUCAUGCAAGACUACCAUGUCGGUCGAAAGAAGGCCGCAAAAACAAGAACGUCCAGGGAGGAAGAACAGAACAUCCAAAUGGAAAACGACGAUGGUCGCACUGAGCCUGAUGACUUCGACGACAUUGACUUCGAAAACGCACUUCUGUUUGCCAGCAGACAUCCAGCAACCAGCCACUUGGACUGUGAUGUUGCACGUGAGACCACGUCGGAAUUGUAUCAAGCAGUAUCAUCGUCGGAGAUGAGCAACCAAGUCAAGUUUCCAACAACGACACCCAUUGAUGCGGAUAUCGCAGCAUUGGUUGGUGGUCAGUUCCUCGACGAAGCGUCAACAACAGCAUCCUCAAGUUACAUGUCCAUUUUGGGUGCUUGGGACCAGCGACUUCGUUACCGUGAGCAGUUUGCGUCAGAUGUCAAAGGUCAAAG